AUGUGUGUAAUUUCAUACCAACAUAAGGGUCUUCUUGAGGCAAUAAAGGAGGUGUUACCAUAUGUUUUGCAUAGACAGUGUUCACAACAUAUCUAUGCCAACUUGAGAAAAGUAUAUAGUGAAAUUCAGUUAAGGAACCUAUUCUGGAAGGCUGCCAAAUCAACUGUAGAGGGUGAAUUCAAGAAUCACAUGGAUGCGAUUAGACAGAUUAGCCCAGGUGCUUAUGAACAUCUAAUGACAAGGGAGCCAAAUACAUGGUGCAUGGCUUUCUUUUCCACUGGAUUAGCCUGUGAGGAUGUUGAAAAUAGUAUGGCAGAAUGCUUCAAUGCAGUUAUACUUGAUGCUAGGAAGAAGCCACUACUGACCAUGCUUGAUGAGAUAAGGCUAUAUAUGAUGGACAGGUUUUACAACCUCAAGGAGUUAGCUAAAAAAUGGGAAGGGGAUGUCUGUCCAUUUGCAAUUAAGAAACUUGAAGAAUUUGGUGAGGACUUAAAGUUUUGGAGGGUACACCCUAGUGGACACAAUGAAUUUGAAGUUAGAAAUGGCCUUGAAUCAUAUGGAGUCAACAUAGAGAAAAGGAGUUGUGCAUGUAGACUUUGGGAUGUAUCAGGGAUACCAUGUGUCCAUGCCCAAGCAUCUAUCAUGUUAACUCAUCAUGAUCCAAAGACAUUUAUCAGUAAGUGGUUUGGUAAGGCAAUGUACAUUUCAAGUUAUAGUUCUAACAUUCUACCUGUUAAUGGCAACAAUUUAUGGAGAGAAUCUCCUUAUAUUAAGCCCUUACCCCCCAUAGAGAGGAGGAUGCCAGACAGGCCUACUGUGAAAAGGAAAAGGCAUGUCUUAGGGAGGGAUGACAAGUUCUCUCAAGUGUCCUCAAAUAGCAGAACUGUCAAAUGUCAAAAUUGUCAAAAAAAGGGGCAUAACAAGAAAACCUGUAAAAAUCCACAUGUUGAACCAGAUCCUAAACCCAAUAAGAAAAUAGGCAGGCCAAGAUUGGACCCUAGUCUAACCCAAUGGACAAGACAUAGUAGAGGGGGUCGAAGGGGAAAUAGAGGAGGUGGUAGGGUACCCAGAGAUGUGAUGAGUGAUGGAGAUGGGCUGGAUAUGGAAGAUAUGGACUACAUUACACAACAAAUUACAGAGUUUAGGAAAUCAAGUUACACUGAUGGUGCCAAUGUUGAAGGUGGACUAGAAGGCGGUGGACAGGGUAAUGAAGAAGAAGAAGGACAUGGACAAGGAGAUGAAGUGGAAGGAGGUGGAAAUGGAACAUGCAAUGAAGAAGAAGAAGGAUAUGGGCAAGGAGAUAAAGUGGAAGGAGGUGGAGAUGGAUAA